GUGGACGCGGCCGGUGGCAGCGGGCGGCGCGGCAGGCGGCGGGCUCCGGGCUGCCUCAGGGCCGGCGGCGCGGCUCAGGCGCGGGCUCUGCUGGCCCGGCGCGGCCUCGGGUGCCCAUGGGGCGCGGAGGGCCGGGCCGGUGACGCCGGACGCCCAUGGACGCCCCGGAGGAGCCGCUGCCGCCGGUGGUCUACACCAUGGAGAACAAGCCCAUCGUCACCUGUAUUAGGGUGUUGACUGUUGACAACAUUCUGUGUUCCCAUGGCUUUAUGCAUUUACUGUUUUGGAAUUGUCUUCCAUGCUUUGAAUGAAAGCACCAUUACAAAACCUGGUGUCCACGGUGAUGAGACCUCUGUUUACUCCUCUUUCUGCUGCCUUCUGCCUCCUCUCCACAUGCUCCUGUGCUGGAGAGCAGAAUUUAUUUACUUCUAUUUAUCCAACGCUUUCCCAGCAGCUCCCGAGAGAACCGAUGGAAUGGAGGAGGUCCUAUGGCCGCGCCCCCAAGAUGAUCCACCUCGAGUCAAACUUCGUUCAGUUCAAAGAGGAGCUGCUGCCCAAAGAAGGAAACAAAGCUCUGCUCACCUUCCCCUUCCUUCACAUUUACUGGACGGAGUGCUGCGAUACAGAAGUGUACAAAGCCACGGUAAAGGAUGACCUCACCAAGUGGCAGAACGUUCUGAAAGCUCAUGGCUCUGUGGACUGGUUGAUAGUAGUAGUUGAAAAUGAUGCCAAGAAAAAAAAUAAAACCAACAUCCUUCCCCGAACUUCCAUUGUGGAUAAAAUACGAAAUGACUUUUGUAAUAAGCAGAGUGACAGGUGUGUCGUGCUCUCUGAUCCCUUGAAGGACUCUUCCCGAACUCAGGAAUCCUGGAAUGCCUUCCUGACCAAACUCAGGACGUUGCUUCUUAUGUCUUUCACCAAAAACCUAGGCAAGUUUGAGGACGACAUGCGAACCUUGAGGGAGAAGAGGACGGAGCCGGGCUGGAGCUUCUGUGACUACUUCAUGGUCCAGGAGGAGCUCGCCUUUGUCUUCGAGAUGCUGCAGCAGUUCGAGGAUGCCCUGGUGCAGUAUGACGAGCUGGACGCCCUGUUCUCGCAGUACGUCGUCAACUUCGGGGCUGGGGAUGGUGCCAAUUGGCUGACUUUUUUCUGCCAGCCAGUGAAGAGCUGGAAUGGCCUGGUGCUCCGCAAGCCCAUAGACAUGGAGAAGCGGGAGCUGGUCCAGAGGCGGGAGGCCACCCUGCUUGACCUGCGCAGCUACCUGUUCUCGCGCCAGUGCACCCUGCUCCUGUUCCUGCAGCGGCCAUGGGAGGUGGCGCAGCGUGCCCUGGAGCUGCUGCACAGCUGCGUGCAGGAGCUGCGGCUCCUGGAGGUCUCCGUCCCGCCGGGUGCACUGGACUGCUGGGUGUUUCUGAGCUGCCUGGAGGUGCUGCAGAGGAUAGAAGGUUGCUGUGACCGGGCACAGAUAGACUCCAACAUCGCGCACAUGGUGGGGCUGUGGAGCUAUGCCACAGAGAAGCUGAAGUCUUUGGGCUACCUGUGUGGACUUGUAUCAGAGAAAGGCCCUGACUCCGAAGACCUGAACAGGACGGUUGACCUUCUGGCGGGCCUGGGAGCGGAACGACCUGAAACAGCCAACGCAGCUCAGAGUCCUUACAAGAAACUCAAGGAGGCGCUGUCGUCAGUGGAAGCUUUUGAGAAGCACUACUUAGAUUUGUCCCAGGCUACCAUUGAAAUGUACACGAGUAUUGGGAGGACCCGGUCCGCCAGAUUGGUUGGAAAAGAUCUGGCUGAGUUUCACAUGAGGAAAAGGUCCCCACAGAAGGCAGAGAGCUACCUUCAGGGUGCUCUGAAGAGCUACCUGGCAGAGGGCUGGGCCCUGCCUGUCACGCACACGCGGAAGCAACUCGCUGAAUGCCAGAAGCACCUCGGGCAGGUGGAGAACUACCUGCAGACCAGCAGCCUUCUAGCCAGUGAUCAUCACCUGACCGAGGAGGAGCGAGAGUACUUUUGCCAGGAGAUACUCAGCUUUGCCAGGGGAUCUGCAGAUAGCCCGGGUCACAAGGUGGUGCUGCCCAUGCACUCCUUCGCACAGCUGCAGGACCUGCUCUUCGACCCCCCCAAUGCCGUGGUCCACGCAGGUGGCAUCUUGUCCCUGGAGAUGACCAUGUGCAGCCAGAUGCCGGUCCCCGUGCAAGUAGACCAGAUCACCGUCAACGUCCACUUCAGCAUUGAGAAGAACAGCUACCGGAAGACUGCUGAGUGGCUGACCAAGCACAAGACGCCCAACGGGAUUAUCCACUUCCCGGCCGAGGGCUCCCCGCUGCCCGCUGCCCAGAACAGCUUGCCCGCGCUGGAGCUGUCAGAGGUGUUUGAGCGCAGCCCUUCUGAUAACUCCUUGAGCACUGCGGGCAUCAUCUGCAGAAAUGUCCACAUGCUGCUGCGGAGGCAGGAGAGCGGCUCUUCCCUGGAGGUGCCCUCGGGGGUGGCCCUGGAGGAUGGGGCCCACGUGCUGAAGUGUAGCAGUGUGACCCUGGAGCCCGGGGCCAACAGGGUGGCAUUCAGGACUCAGGCCAAGGAGCCGGGAACGUACACGCUGCGGCAGCUGUGUGCCACGGUGGGUCCCGUGUGGUUCGUGCUUCCGCAUAUCUACCCCAUCGUGCAGUAUGACGUGUAUUCUCAGGAGCCCCAGCUACAUGUGGAGCCACUGGCUGAUAGCCUUUUGGCUGGUAUUCCUCAGAAGGUCAAGUUCACUGUCACCACUGGCCACUACACGGUGAAGAAUGGGGACAGCCUGCAGCUCAGCAACGUGGAGGCUAUGUUGGUCCUGUGUCAGGGGGAGAACAGAGCAGUGAUCUACUCUAACUCGAGAGGUACUGUGCAGGCAGAAGAGUCCCACACUGCGGUGUUCCGGAUCCAGUCUUCUGACAAGGUUACAAGCAUCGGGCUGCCUGCCACGCCUGCGUACCACGUGAUUGAGUUUGAGCUGGAGGUCCUGUCCCUGCCAUCAGCUCCAGUGUGUAGUGGGGAGAGUGCCACACUGGGGACUCCGGAGCCGCCCAGGAAGCAGAAGGACAGACAGAGGGGGGCCCCCUGCAUGGUCACCACCGACCACAAGGUGUCCAUCGAUUGCCCAUGGUCAAUCUACUCCACUGUCAUUGCGCUGACGUUCAAUGUGCCCUUCAGGACCACGCACUCGCUGCUGUCUGCUGGAACCAGGAAAUACAUUCAAGUUUGUGUCCAGAACUUGUCAGAGCUUGACUUCCAGCUGGCAGAGAGCAAUCUUGUAGAUACCAGGGACACUGCUAACCUGCAAUUGACACCACUGAAUGUGCCAUCCCCGCAGCACAUCCACAGCAAGCAGUCCGUGUUUUUCGUGUGGGAGUUGAAGUGGACGCAGGAGCCUCCCCCUGCCCUGCACUGCCAGUUCUCUGUGGGCUUCUCCCCUGCUUCUGAAGAGCGGCUGCGCAUCUCCCUAAAGCCCUACACAUACCAAUUCCAAGUGGAGAGCUUCUUUAGGGUGACUGCACAGCCCUUUCUUCUUGUGCUUGAAAAUGUCCGACUGAGGAGACUGGAAAGCUCUGGGCAAGGAUUCCCCAAGACGCGGAGUCUGUGGCACGAGUGUUGGGGGACCCUGUACAACGUGAAGGCAGAGGUGCUGCCGCCCGUGGGUGCGGAGUACUGCAGGACUGGCUCGCUCUGUUCCUUGGAAGUAUCCAUCACGCGGCUUGCCGACCUCCUGGAGGUAGACAGGGACGAGGCGCUGACGGGGUCCGACGAGUAUUUCUGCACGAAGCUCAUGUAUGAAGUGGUCGACAACAGCAGCAACUGGGCAGUGUGUGGCAAGAGCUGUGGCGUCAUCUCCAUGCCUGUGGCUGCCCAGGCCACUCACAGAGUGCACAUGGAGGUGAUGCCUCUCUUUGCGGGCUACCUGCCGCUGCCCGACGUCCGGCUGUUUAAGUACCUCCCGCACCACUCCGCGCACUCCUCCCAGCUGGAUGCUGAUAGCUGGAUUGAAAAUGACAGCCUGUCCGUUGACAAGCACCCGGACGACCAGCUGGACUGCAGCAGCAUGCGGAGUAGAGGCAGUGUGUACUCGGCCAGCAGCGGAGAGCACAAGGGCCUGCCCAUGCCCAGGCUGCAGGCGCUCCCCACUGGCCAGGUCUUCAACUCCAGCAUGGGCACGCAGGUCCUGGUCAUCCCCAGCCAAGACGACCACGUCCUAGAAGUCAGCGUGACAUGACAGCAGCGCUGUGGUCGUCUGCACCUCAGACUGCUGCAAUUGCACUUUAGGGACUGUGGCUGGAUUGUUCUCUCUUGUAACAUGCUAGCUCUGACCAGACCAGUGGCCCUGCUCGGCCACAGAGGUACGGAGGUACGGCACUGUGCAGCCGGUCAGCGGAGGUAGAGCAUCCCCUCGUCUUGUCUGAUGUGGACCUGUGUUCUUUUCUUCCCUGUCCCUGUGCUUAUGUCUGACUGUGUAUGCCGCAGCCCUGCCAUCACUCCAUAUUCAUUGCUAUGGGACCCUUACCUGGGGCCCCCUCACAGCCCCAUGUGCUGGUCCUGGCCGGUGCUCAGUAGGCCUCGCUGGCUUCCUGUGAUGCCCGUCUCCCCUCUUCAGAUGGCUGCCCAACUUCUGGGCCGACAGAGUGCACUUGGGGGUCUUCUGAUUACAAGCCUUGCUUUGCUUUCCUCUGGUAACCCCUUUAGGGCCGGCAGGUAGGGUGCCCAUGGCUUGGGGGGAAUAUAACCCCUCUGUGCUUUGGAUCCCAGUCAGCAGGCCAGGGGAGCCACAGGCCAGAGCCGUGUUAAAGGUACAUGAGGCCUAGGCCAGGGCAAGAGGAGCAGUGUGGGCUGCAGUAGUGUAGGUGUCCAUGUUCCUGGCCCGUGUUCCCCAGUGUGGAUUAUCACAUGCCCUUGGAAUUAAAUAUAUAUUUAUUUUAAUUGUCAUUUUAUAUGUAGGGUUAAGAUGUUUUCUUUUCUCUCAUCUUUAAGUCAGUUCAUGUAAUUGGAGCUGUAUAGUCACAUCUUCCUUUUGCACCUAAGUCUUGGCUGAUGCUCUGCGUGGAGAGGGAUGGGGAGGACUUGGCCCGGAGUAACCUCUGCUGGUCCACUUGGCUGCAGUCAUACCGUACCAACAGGCUACUUCACUUUUGGUUGUAAAUUUAAUUGUACAUAUGGUUGAUUUAUUAUUUUUAAAAGUACAGACUAACUGAUGUAAUGUUUAUGUAUAAGUUGCACCAAAAAAUCAAGGACAAAAUAAAUGUGUUUUUAUUGGUGUGAAA